UAAAAAAAAAGCAAAGCAAGCAAACGUCUAAUGAAGUUAUUAUUUUGAUAUUUUUCCAUUUCUAGAAAAAUGGGGACAGAAGUAGCAAUAUCAUUUAGUUCUUUACGUGCUCAACUAGAAAGUGAGAAAAGUAGUUUAUUUAAAAUAGACGAAAAUAUAAAGAAAAUACAAGUUAGCGGAAGGUUUCCAAAUGAUAGGUUCAAUAAUUCUUCCGGUGAAUAUGUGAGAGCUGGAAAUCGAUUAGGUGGCCGAAAUUCUUUUCCAGACGCUGGCAAUAAUUACAAAAAUGAUGAGCUAUACAACAAGCGGAAACAUGAGACUAAAACUGUGUUUAGCAGGCUAUCAGCUCGAUCACAAGACAGCGAUGGUGAGGAAGAGGGGCCUGGCGGUAAAAGAGCUCGGAUGCCAUCAGCAGUGACUCGGGAACUGCCCACCAGGGCCGCAGUGCUCCGGGCACAGGGGGACGAUGAGCAGGCGAGGACUCGUAACAGACGCAUCUUUGGAUCUCUACUCGGGACGUUACAAAAGUUUAAGCAAGAGGAAAUUGUUUUACAAACCAAGGAAGAGAAAAAGGCGCAAGUUGAACGCAAAAUAGAAGAGCAAGCGCGACAAGAAAAGGAAAGAGAACAGAGAGAGAGAAAGACUUUGUACGCAGAGAGAGAGCACAAGAAAGCCACUAUCAAGGCUCUGGAGGCCAAGAUGGCGCGCGUGGAAGAGUUUGAGCGGUGGGAGGCGUCUCAGAAACACUUGGCCAACUUCAUACUGACCAAAGCGAAACCACACAUAUAUUGGCUGCCAAAGAAGAUGACAGAUAAGGCUACGGAGAAGCUGACUUCCAGUAGAAAGUUCCAUGAGAAGUGCAUGUCUAAGAAGCGGCAGGAGUUGCAAGAUGAGUUGCAGCGGAUAGAGCAGCGCUGCCUGCGGCCCCGCGCCCCGGGCACCAAGGAGAACCUGCCGCAGCCGCGCGCCCACGUUGCCAAAGAGGAAGAAGGCGAGAAAAGCAGACGCAACAAGUUCGCAGCGGACGCCGACCAGAAGGAGGACAGCGACGCUGACGAUCAUCACGAUGACAAUCAUCACGAUGACGCCCACGUGGAGGUCCAGCCGCGGGUGGAGGAAGUUUCAGACGACUUGAAAGCGGACACCAUCACAGAUCAGAACACCGCCAGUAUCGAUGCCAACACUAGUAGCGAUCACAACACAAGUAUCGAUUGUGACACAAGUAUUACUAACACGAGUAUCGAAGCCGCAGCUAUCGACCCCAACACUAGCAUGGUCAUAGACGGACAGAACACACAAACAGACAAACAUACAACCGCUGUUGAGGAAGAUAAGGAGGAGAUGAUGAAUAUAGAUAACUUGGAGCAUUCCUAACAUAAUAGUACAAAGGGUUCGACUAGUUCUAGUAAAUAAGAUGAAGUGUUGGACAAUCCUUGAUAAUACAAAAAAUCGUUUUUAAUUCUGUAACUGAGUUAAUGGAACGCUUUGGCAAUUUUAGGCAGAAUUGCUCAACCUACCACCGAAACAUACCGUAUGAAAACACAAUAAAAUAACGACCUUAUUACAUUGACAUUAAACUUAAAAUACAAAAUUUCUCCUGUCAUGUCGCUCUUAAUAACAGAUUGCUUCUGUCAUACCCAACUUUCACUCCCAUACAUUAAUGUUGGGACCAACACGCCUUUGCACAUCCAUGCGAGCCUUUUUGGACAGUUUCUUAGUGCUAUGCAGAGUCGGCUAUUGGAUAUAUAAAAACAGAUUGACAGCUGCAUAUUUCAUUUCGUGUAGAAUAUUCAAAGAAUAGAAUAGAUUUAUUUUCAAAAUUGGAUACAAGGAAUCACUUAUUGACGUCACAUAACUUAAAUCUAAUUAUAACUACUAAAAAGAUGCUAUAUUUCUUUUAUUUUAUAACUUUAUUACGACUACACGACCUCAGACCACCACAAAGUUAUGGAACUAAAAACGCAAGCUCCUAAAGUGAUAAUCGUUCGAAGGUUGCGGUGACCGCUUACCAUCAGCUUCAGGAUUCGCGCACAGAUUCAGUUUGCCCGGAAACGUGUGAUGAAAUGUAAAUUGUAAUUGAAUUGUGUGAGAUUUAGGUAUAACAUUAAAUUGUACACAACUAGA